AUGAUUAGUAUAGCAAGGAGUGAUAUUGAUAUACAUUCAACAUCUUUCACCACCAAAUUUUUCUCGCUCAUGGGGACAGAAAAUAUAAGUGUCACCAGAAGCAAGACAAUUACAGUGUCUUCGGGCGGCGGCGGUGCCAUGCAGAAGAGCAAGUCAUCGUCGAGCGUUAUGCACCACGGUAGCCGGCUUAUGGCUAAGAAGAUAUUCAGAUCGAGAUCGAAAAGCCAAACGAGGGCGACGCAUUUAUGCAGUUGGACGCCUCAGGGCAGCUGCGUGUGGAGCAACAUAACGGGGAGACAGGUGAUAUUAAACGAUACGUCCUUACUUAAUUUGACUGAAAUAGAAAGGAAAGUGUUGCAGAAAGUUGCUAUAGCGAAAUUGCAGGCGUUGAAUCUCGGCGUUAACAUCAAAGUUCCAAGUGACAAUGUAGGUGGUGUGACUGCAAAACCGAAGAGAAGACCUUAUUUAUUGAAGAGAAAAGCCCUCACUACUGGCAUCUUCGAUGCUAACAGAAAAGAAGACGACAAGAAUAAAGAGAAUAGCGGUCUUCCGGGCGGGCUGGUGUUCGGGAUUUCCCUGGCCCAAUGCGUGGAGAACGACAGGUUAACGAGAGCUGCCGCAGGAACGAGUCCUUUUCGCAGCAGAGGAGAACUUUCCGGUUCCGGAGAUGAACCCACCAAAAUCGGCCGGCACGGAUCCCGUUCGAGCUUCAGCUCGCUGAUCGAUGCCCCAAGAGGAGAUGAGAAAGGCUCUUGCGAGGAUUUGACCUUGCACAAGAGGAUGGUGGGCAGCGUCCCGGGGCUGUUGGACUCGCUAUCCUGCAGUUCGAACGUCGAUUUGCCGGCGGCGACGAUGGAAGAGGAGCCGGCCGUUCCGAACAUCCUGACGGAGUGCUUCAGGCACCUGGAGCAGAACGGGCUGCACACGCUGGGCUUGUUCAGAGUGAGCACCUCGAAGAAGCGAAUACGACAGCUGCGCGAGGAUUUCGAUUGCGGCAAGGAGACCACGUUGGAGAACGAGCAAUGCCCGCACGACGUGGCUACGUUGCUAAAGGAGUAUCUCAGAGACCUACCGGAUCCGUUGCUUUGCAGGGACUUGUACCAGGCCUUCGUUCAAACACAAAGGAUACGAAAUAGAAGACUGCAAUUCGAGGCGAUUCAACAUCUAGUCCAGUUGCUUCCUUCGACGAACAGGGACACUCUUCACGCGCUGCUGAGCUUCCUCGCGAUCGUCGCGAAAUUCGCCGAGGACGGUAAAAGCGAGGCGGGAGAGUCGCUCACCGGCAACAAAAUGGACUCGAACAAUUUGGCUACGGUCUUUGCGCCCAAUAUUUUACACUGCGUAAAACCGGGCGCCAAGGAUAACGCCGACAAGCCGGAGGAUCGCAUAGACAUCAUCAACGUCGUGAGGACCCUCAUCGAUCAUUACAAGAAUAUAUUCGCAGUAUCUGCGGAGCUAUUAGACGAGGUUUACAUUCACAUGAUGGACUCUCAUCCGGAGGAAUUGGAAACUUUGCUUAACAAGAAAGACGGCAGCAUCGCAGCUGAUGAAUCUGUGGAUGAGUUAGAUAGCGAAAGCAAUUCCGCUCCGUGGACGCCGACGACUCUAUCGCACGAUCCUCCUUUGGACAGUAUAUUCGAUAGCAAACUGGCGACUGAACAGAAAAAGACUUAUUCUAGAGAAGAAUGUCUUCACGAAGCAGCUGCUACUGGUGGUCCUAACGUUGGAAUGCGAAUUAGACAUAAAGAUCGAAUUAGAGAAAAAAGCUACCGGCGUCGACGAGAAAAAGCCGACGAGAGCAAAGAGGGUAGCCUAACAUCAUCAGCUUUUACCAUAAUCUCGAGACUGCGAGGCCAAAAAGACGACGAUUACAACUACAGCAAGAACCGUUCGUCGUCGAUAGAAUCCACCAGUUCAACGCACACCGACGACUUCGCCAGAGCCGUCAAAAGCUCGGACGAGCUGUUCGAGCGCAGGAAAUCCUCGCCGUACGUUUUGGACAACAGCGGCGUCAUAACGGCCAGUUUGACCAUACCGGUGCACGCCCAAAACCAAUCUCUCUCCUACAAUGUAGACGACGACAUUCCUUACAUCGAAGACGGCGACGGCGGGCGUCAGCAGAUGACCGUGGGGUUGGUGCGCAUACCAACGGCUCCGCCUAGAAGGAGAAACCACUCGCUGGACAGCGACUCCUCGGUCACGUCCAACAUGCAACCGGUGAUCGGAUCCAUCUCGGUGGUGCCGGGUUACGAUUCCGCCGUAGGUUCGUCGGCCACGACGCACUCGAGCCCCAUUCAAAACACCUCGACGUCGGUGUCGAGCAGCAUCGCCGACGCGGGGGUGUACAGCUCGCCGCCGUCGUGGGCCUCCAGCCCGCCCACGUCUCCCGAUAGCACGAAAACAUCGGUAAAUUACAUACCCGACGACGCCAACAACCCUAAAGGCGUCGGUAAGGUACUAAAAAGCAACAUAGUUCGAGAGGCGGUGCCCAGUUUGCAAAAGGUCUCCUUCUCUUCGACGCAAGAGAUUCAACAGAUCAAAGAUCCGUCCAAAGUGUACCAAAGGGAGUUGUCUACGAACAGGCACAAGGAACCGGAGAGGGAGCCGCGGUUCACUCCGAGCAUAACCAGCAUCGGCAACGCGGUGCUGCGAUCGAAAACGGCGGAUUUCGAGAAGAUGAUGAAGUCCGAGAACGCCAAGAGCAAAAGUUCGACGGUGGAAAGGGAGAAAAAGAAGUACACGAAGCGGAGGUACACCGAUUCGAGGCAUCAAACGCGACAUAUUCCCGAUUCCGAGGCGCUGGAAACGGCCGCUACGGAGAUCAAGCGCGAGGAAAAGUCCACCAGCUCGCAGAGCGGGCCCGUUUACAAGCGAAGGGAGCUCAUAUCCAGCGUACCUACGAAAUGA